CAACCAUGGGAGUGCAGAAGAAGACGCGCAAGUUCGCGGCAGUCAAGCGCGUGAUCGGCCAGCGUGAUGCGCGGCUGAAGAAGAACAUUGUCGCCGAGGAGGCGAAGCAGAAAGAGAAGGCGAAGGGCAAAGAUGAGCUGAUACGAGAGAUACCACAAGUGCCCUCGUCGAUGUUCUUUCAGCACAACACCGCACUCACGCCGCCCUACUCGGUGCUCGUUGACACAAACUUCCUCAGUCACACAGUGCACCAUAAGCUGCCCCUUCUUCCGACGCUCAUGGACACACUAUACGCCUCAUGUACCCCGAUCAUCACAUCCUGCGUAAUGGCGGAAUUGGAAAAGCUGGGACCAAAAUACAGAAUCGCCUUGCAGAUUGCUCGAGAUGAACGAUUCGAGAGAUUGCAAUGUGACCACAAAGGCACAUACGCUGACGAUUGCAUCGUUACUCGUGUUAGCACGCAGCGUGUAUAUCUGGUGGCCACGAACGAUCGCGAUCUGAAGAGGCGUCUUCGAAAAAUUCCAGGUGUGCCCAUCAUCUCUUGCAAGAGGGGAGGAUAUGCUGUGGAGAGACUGCCAGAUGCGCCUGACGCGGGAGGACGAGGCAUGGGCAAGGGCAUAUGAUGAGUGGCAGGACACCGCCCUGUCGCUCGCAGGAACAACACAAAAUUGUACGCAUCACUGGGUGUCGAUUUAGCGCGGCGUUGGAGGGGCAUUGCAUUUGAGACAGCGGGUAAAGCUGCUACGAUAUGAGCACGAAAAGCUCUGGGCAUCGGUUUUUGCCAAGCACGAGAUACAGUUCAUGCACGUCCAUUUGCCUUCACUGGGCGACAGUCGUCGGUGUGCUUCAAUGUGACACAGCAUUUAAGACUUGGAAGGUUUGAUCACCUGGAUAGAAGAGCAAGUUAGCUUCCAGGACAAUAAGCUAUCCAGUGAAACUGGCUGCCAAAUCGUGGAAUUUCUACUUCCGUCCAA